AUGGAUGACAAGCUGCUCGCCGCCUCGGCCAAGUACGCCAUCGUCCCCGGCCAGACGUACAAGUAUGGCACCGCCGGCUUCCGCAUGAAGGCCGACCUCCUCCCCGUCGUCUCCUUCCGCGUCGGCCUCCUCGCCGGCCUCCGCAGCCGCAAGCUCAACGGCCAGGCCAUUGGUGUCAUGAUCACCGCCAGCCACAACCCUGCCGCCGACAAUGGCGUCAAGAUCGUCGACCCCAUGGGCGAGAUGCUCGAGCAGGACUGGGAGGCCUUUGCGACCCGCCUCGUCAACGCCCCCUCCGACCAGAAGCUGCUCGAGGACUACAAGGCCCUGGCCGCCCAGCUCGGCAUCGAUCUCAACGCCCCCGGCCGCGUCGUCUACGGCCGCGACACCCGUCCUUCGGGCCAUGGCCUGGUCGUCGCCCUCGCCGCCGCCCUCGACGCCACUGGCAUCGAGCACACCGACUACAAGAUCCUCACCACUCCUCAGCUCCACUACCUGACGCGCUGCGUCAACACCGAGGGCACUCCCAAGUCGUACGGCCAGACGAGCGAGGCCGGCUACUACCAAAAGUUCUCUGACGCCUUUGUCCGCGCGUUGCGGGGCAGAAAGGUCCAGGGCCAGCUGCAGGUCGACUGCGCCAACGGCGUUGGCGGGCCCAAGUUUUCCGAGAUGCUCAAGGUCAUUCCCAAGGACGUCACCGGCUUCGAUGUCAAGGUUGUCAACGAUGACGUCCUCCGACCCGAGGUGCUCAACCUCGAGUGCGGUGCCGACUACGUCAAGACCAAGCAGCGAGCCCCCCAGAACCCGAAGCCCGUCCCCGGCCUGCGUUGCUGCUCCUUCGACGGCGACGCUGACCGCCUCAUGUACUACUGGGUCGACCCUGACACCGGCUUCUUCAUGCUCGACGGCGACCGCAUCUCGUCUCUCAACGCCUCCUUCAUCGGCGACCUUGUCCGCUCAGCUGGCCUCGAGGACGACCUGCGCAUCGGCGUUGUCCAGACCGCAUAUGCCAACGGCGCCAGCACGACGUACAUCGAGAAGCACCUGCAGCUCCCCGUCGUGUUCACCCCGACCGGCGUCAAGCACCUGCACCACGCCGCCUGCCAGUUCGACAUUGGCGUGUACUUCGAGGCCAACGGCCACGGCACCGUCGUCUUCUCCCAGGAGGCGAUGCGCACCUUCCGUGAGAAGGAGCCCCAGUCGCCCGCGCAAAAAGAUGCCCUUGAGACGCUGGCUGCCGUCGGUGACCUCAUCAACCAGACGGUCGGCGACGCCAUCACCGACAUGCUCAUGGUCGAGGUCAUCCUCGCCCACAAGGGAUGGUCCCUCAAGGACUGGGCCAUGACGUACACGGACCUGCCGAACCGCCUGGUUCGCGUCGAGGUGGGCGACAAGGACCUCUUCCAGGCCACCGACGCCGAGCGCCGCCUCAGCCACCCGCCGGGCGCCCAGGACGAGAUCGACCAGGUCGUGAGGAAAUACUCGAGCGCCCGCUCCUUUGCACGGGCUAGCGGCACCGAGAACGCCUGCCGCGUGUACGCCGAGGCGGCGACCCGCUCCGAGGCCGACGAGUUGGCGAACAAGGUCGCUCAGAUCGUCAAGCAGUUCGGCUCGUAG